UCUUGCAGUGAUGGUGGCAUCCCAACUCUGACAUGGACAACUGAAAUGUUAACUCCAACUGACUCUUGACUCCGACACCAACACUUCUAGAAUUUCAAAAUCUUGCAUUAUUCAAUUAUCCGCUUCCGUGAUUGAACAUUCGUGGGUGCUUCCCUCGUGGAAACAGUUUCUACUUGUAGACCAAGUUUCAAUGCAACUGCUUUCUCGCAUUUGACAGCAUCUAUAUAUAGCCUAUAGCUAGUUACAGCUUAGUAACUACUAAGAUUUUGGCCUGAUCGAUCAAUGGAUUCGAAGGCUCUCCUCUGCUGCACUGUAGCUCUGAUCGUUUUGUUUCUGCCGUUGAGUGCUUCCGACGACCGGCUUGUCCCUGGCAAGCCGCUGUCUCCCGGCAACAUCAUCGUCUCCGAUGGCGGCACCUUCGCGUUGGGCUUCUUCAUCCCCUCCAACUCCACUCCAUCCAAGGUUUACCUUGGCAUAUGGUACAACGACAUCCCUGAGUUCACGGUUGUGUGGGUUGCUAACCGUGAAACCCCAGGCACCAACAACACUUCCUCUGCACCGAUGCUCUCCCUCACCAACACCUCAAAUUUCAUCAUCUCCGAAGGUAAUAGUGGUGGCCGUGUCCUUUGGACGACGGCCAACAUGACCACUACCAUUGGCUCAUCUACCCCAACAGCGGUGCUUCUGAACACCGGCAACCUCGUCAUCCGGUCGGCAAACGGUACCACGGUGUGGCAGAGCUUCGACCACCCCACGGACACGCUCCUCCCUGGGAUGAAAAUGCGGAUCAAAUACAGCUCGCCCGACACUCGCGAUCAUCUAGUAUCCUGGAAGGGCCCCGGCGACCCUUCGCCGGGGCGCUUCUCCUUCGGUGGCGACCCAGACACACCCCUCCAAGUAUUCCUGCGAGACGGGGAGAGCUUGGUGACUCGUAGCAACCCAUGGACAGGGAUCCAAGUGGUUAGCUUUAGCCAACAACAGCUAGUAGGGGCAACGAACGUCAGUGAUGUUAUCAUCUACAUGGCCAUCGUCGACAACGGUGAUGAGAUCUAUUCCACAUAUAGCCUCUCUGAUGGCGCCCCGCCCACAAGGUCAGUGUUGAGCUAUUCUGGUCAGGUUCACAUUGAGAUCUGGAGUAGCAGGUUGUCGGUGUGGGUUGUCGUUUCGAUGUGGUCUGCUGAUUGCAACCGCUAUGCUUACUGUGGCCCAUAUGGCUACUGCGACGAGACAGUCGUGCCUAUCCCAACUUGCAAGUGCCUAGAUGGCUUCGAGCCAGCAAACAAGGAGGAGUGGACUAGAGGCAAGUUCUUGGCGGGGUGCCGGCGGAAGGAGCUGUUGCACGGGUGCACAAGUAGUUACGUGGCCAUGUUGGGGAUGAAGUCACCAGAUAAAUUUGCGCUCGUCAGAGGGGGCAAAAGUAAGCCUGAGGAGUGUGUGGCGGAGUGCAACCGCAACUGCUCCUGUGUGGGGUAUGUGCAUCGCAACGUCAGUAGUGGCAGUUUCGGAGGAGCCACGACAAUGUGCUUGCUAUGGGCUGGGGAUUUGAUUGACACUGGAAAAUUACGUGAGCCCGGUGGAGAGACGCUCUAUCUCCGACUUGCAGGUACAGAUGCAGCAGGUGGUAAAAGGCGAAAAAUCAAUGCAGUUAGGAUUAUGCUGCCAGUUCUAAGCAGUAGUGUUCUCAUACUCGUAUGCAUCUCUCUUGCAUGUUUAAAAUGCAAAGAAUUCAUGGGGUCACAUAUAACUUUUUGUUUCUUAUGCCCGCGGUAUGCUUAUUGGAAGGGAAAUGACUACUACAUUGUGGGAGCAGGCAAGAACAAAAAUUGGAGAAAGCACAAGAAUAUAAUAUUGGAUGGUCUAAGUACGUCCGAAGAACAUGGCGGAAAAGGCCCUCCUCAUGAUGAAGAUUUUCUGUUCGUAAGAUUAGAAGAAAUUGUUCUUGCGACCAACAGUUUCUCUGAAGCAUGUAAGAUUGGACAUGGAGGAUUUGGCAAAGUUUACAAGGGGCUAUUAGGUGGUCAAGAAGUCGCAAUCAAGAGGCUAAGUAGAGAUUCUCAACAAGGAACAACAGAAUUCAGGAACGAAGUAAUUCUAAUUGCAAAAUUGCAACAUAGAAACUUGGUUCGACUUCUUGGGUGUUGUGACGAAGGAGAUGAAAAGCUCUUGAUAUAUGAGUAUCUUCCUAACAAGAGCUUAGAUGCUACCCUUUUUGAUGACUCAAGAAAAUUGUUGUUGGAUUGGGCAACACGGUUCAGUGUAAUCAAAGGGGUUGCAAGGGGGCUUCUAUAUCUUCAUGAAGACUCAAGGUUCACCAUAAUUCAUAGGGACCUAAAAGCUGGAAAUAUUUUGCUAGAUGCAUAUAUGAAACCCAAGAUAGCAGAUUUUGGUAUGGCGAGGAUCAUUGGUGAUAACCAGCAAAACGCAAAUACCCAACGUGUAGUUGGAACAUAUGGCUACAUGGCUCCUGAGUAUGCAAUGGAAGGUUUCUUCUCUACCAAGUCUGAUGUCUAUAGCUUUGGCGUGUUACUACUGGAGGUUGUAACUGGUAUAAGGAGAAACUCCAAUAGUCAAACCAUGGGAUUCCCUAGCCUCACUGUAUAUUCAUGGAAUAUGUGGAACGAAGAGAAGACCGAGGAAUUGCCAGACUCAUCUAUCGAAAAUACUUCACCAGAAGAAGUUUUGCUUUGUGUCCAUCUUGCACUCUUGUGUGUCCAAGAGAACCCAGACGACAGGCCGCUAAUGUCAUCAGUUGUGUUUGUCCUAGAGAAUGGAAGCACCACACUUGCAACCCCCAAUCGCCCUGCCUAUUUUUCACGGCGGAAUGUUGAAGUGGAUGAAUUAAGAAAUGAUAUCCACACUUGCGUGAAUAGUUUGACUCUUAGCGAGAUAGAUGGCCGGUGAAAUAUUUUUUAAUUAUUUAGCUUUUUAUGUACAUAACAUAAC